AUGCUCGCCGUGCGGCACGCUCCCAGGAUGGGUUCGACGCAGCCUGAAUCCGAUCCCUUGCUCAUGUUUGGGUACUCAACGCAGCCAGACAUCUUCGAUGCCGCCCCAGACCCGGCUCCCGGAGCGCCGCUCCUAACAGAGACGGAUAGCAAGUUCCUCAGCUCCUUCUUCGAGGACAUGACGUCGAAUCAAUACAAUAUGCCUUCGUUUGGCGAGGGCCUCAACUUUAGCGAUGCCUGGCUAGACCUUCCCCCUCAGUUUAUGGGCUCUUCCACCUCCCUCGGUCCCCAGGAGACAUCGGCCGAUUUUGGUUUCUCCAGUGACCACCAGAACGAGCUGUCGCGAAUAUUGUCGGCCGACUCAAGCAUGAUGCCUCCCCCUCCCCCUCCUGCUCCUUCACAUACACAAACCUUUUCUCAGCAGCACUCGGACGACGUCCUGAACGCCGCCGCGACCCUGCUUCAGAAUGGCAACCGCGCCGGUACACCCAAGAGCGGCAGCAGCCCCGGCAACAGUAGCAAUUCCGGCAGUACCGCCAACCGGCCUUUGGUCUACCCAGUUGGCCACCUCAGACACCAGCCGAUGGAGGAGUUCACGGAAGAAAACCAGAGAGUGGCCAGGAGGAGUAGCCAGGGAAACGAACUUGAUCACACAUUCACUCGCUGGAUGUGGGGGUCAAAAGAAAAGACAGCCGUCCCGAAACCUGUCUUGGGCGACUUCCAAUGGGGUUCAGACGCAAGCUUCUCUGAUGUCCAGGGGUACGUACCAGAGCCAAGGAAGGAGUCCGUGGAGUCGAUGCAUCAAACCCAGAUGAAGUGUCUCGAGUGCUUGGAAGUCAAUCAGAGCGCGGCUAACACCCGCCCCGGCAGUCCCGCCAAUGGCCAAGCCGCAAGCAGCAACGGUGACGGACCUGUCUACAUCAAGAGAGAGGAAGACCCCAACGCGCCGCCAAGGAAGAGGCGGAAGAGCAAAAAUGUCCGGGGCACCGCCGUCGAUGAGGAUGACGACGACGACGACGACGAUACCUCGUCCAAGUCGGGCCGGAAGCGAAAGACCAAGUCUGAACGGUCAGCGAGCGGAUCAGAACCCCCCUCAGACACCACUGCCGGCAGCAGACGCCGCAAGUCGGGCGUCAACGGGUCAAAGCCCCCUCGUGAAAAUCUCUCCGAGGAACAGAAGCGCGAGAACCACAUCCGCAGUGAACAAAAACGACGAACUCUCAUCAAGGAAGGUUUCGACGACCUGGGCGAACUGGUACCCGGGCUAAAGGGGGGCGGCUUCAGCAAGAGCACGACCCUAGCCAUGGCUGCCGAGUGGUUGGACGAGCUGCUCCGAGGAAACAAGGCCCUCGCCAUGCAAGUCUCUGCCCUCGAGCAACGAUAA